AUGCUACUUAUGUGCCCCCAGAGAGAAAAGAAGGAACAACAGAUUGAACAGUCUGAGGAUCAGGAUAGGGUGGACGAAGUGGUGCAGGAUGAUGUGGAAGAGACGGCAAUAACAGAGGAAGAAUUCACAGUAGUUAAAAAGCGAAAAAGAAAAGAAAGAGUAAGCUCUCCGCCGGAGAAGCAGAAAAAGAAAAAAGUAGAUGAGGUUGAGAAGGAGGUCGAGAAGGAGGUCGAGAAUGUGGUUGAGAAGGAGGUUGAGAAGGAGCCCGAGGAAGAGCUCGAGGAGGAGAUUGAGAAAGAGGAGACAGUAGCAAGGGUACUAGCUAUACCAGCGGAGGAGGAAGAUUUAGGCAACGAAAAGCAAUACAAUAAACGCUAUUGCUUCACGCAUCACCGAGAAGUAUUUAGUUUACUCCAUAAUUACGCUUAA